ACUAUAAAACUACAACUCCCUGGGGUAUUUUCGUGACUUCGGAAUACCUUUUCUGAUUGGACUGAACGUUUGACAAAUCGGUCUCUGUGUCGCUUAUGAUUGGUUACUUACGGUGGCCAUAUUUCGAACUCUUUUAUCCUUUGUUUUUUUUUUUAGUUUGCUUUGUUUAUUGUAUUUGUGAAACAGCAGUGCAUUUCUUUUUUAGUAUUGUUUCUCGGCUGCAAACCUCACGAUGCCGGUCCACUCGCGAGAAAAGAAAGACAGUAAUCAUGAAGAAAUGGAGGUAGAUUACCCGGAGCAAGACGCUAGCAGUUCCGACGAAGAGGACACCGAAAGCUCCUCUGUUUCUGAAGAUGGAGACAGUUCAGAGAUGGACGAUGAGGAUUGCGAAAGGAGAAGAAUGGAAUGCCUAGAUGAAAUGACCAACCUGGAGAAACAGUUCACUGAUCUCAAAGACCAGCUCUAUAAAGAGAGGCUUAGCCAGGUGGAUGUGAAACUGCAGGAAGUGAUGGCGGGCAGUGCCCCAGACUAUCUUGAACCCUUGGCCAACUUGCAGGAGAGCAUGAAGAUCCGAACAAAGGUUGCAGGCAUCUAUCGUGAGCUGUGCCUGGAGUCCGUGAAGAACAAGUACGACUGCGAGGUGCAGGCUGCCUUCCAGCACUGGGAGAGUGAAAAGCUGCUGCUUUUCGACACUGUGCAGAGUGAGCUGGAGGAGAAAAUCAGACGGUUAGAGGAGGAUCGCCACAGCAUAGACAUUACCUCAGAGCUGUGGAACGAUGGGUUGCAGUCCAAGAAGAACAGGAAGAAAGACCCUUUCAGCCCCGACAAAAAGAAGAAGCCCGUCGUCGUCUCCGGACCAUAUAUUGUUUACAUGUUGCAAGAUUUGGACAUUCUGGAAGACUGGACUACAAUAAGAAAGGCAAUGGCAACACUGGCACCACACAGAGUCAAGGCAGAUGUGCCUGCCAAGAAUGAGAAGCACCAACACAGUGCUAGGUCUGAGGAGGGGCGCCUGUUCUAUGAUGGCGAGUGGUACAGCCGUGGACAGGCCAUAUGCAUCCACAAGAAGGAUGAAUAUCCCACCAGUGCCAUAAUAACCACCAUUAACCAUGACGAAGUAUGGUUCAAGCGACUGGAUGGCAGCAAGUCGAAGCUGUAUAUCUCCCAGCUGCAGAAGGGCAGAUACACCAUAAAGCACUCCUAGCGUCUCUCGCCCUGUUCCCUUCCGUCUCAUCCAGAGGGAGUGUGUGUGAUUGUGGUCCACCCAUGAUUUUCAUUGUAGUUCGAAGCCGACCCUCCUUUAAUCUCGCACGAUGUCUCCCCUUGUGUGUGCGUGUGCGUGUGCGUGUGCGAGCGCGAGCGCGAGCGCACGCCACACUGUUGAUCCUCAUUCUCCACAUGUGAGUGCUGCUACUGGAAGGAAUUGGUUGCCAUGGAAACCGCAGAGGUGGGAGGGGCUAUUUUGGCCGAGCAUGCGACUGCUGUUCCUGCCCUAUCACUGGUUGUCUCUUAGUCUCUUAGAAAGGGAAGAAUUGUGGUGACAACCACAAAUGUUGGUACUUUGACUCGCAGAUCUGAUGAGCUCAGUUAUUGAUCGGCUCUUUAAAGUUUGUGAUCAUCAGCCUACUGUAGCUCUGUCUCUUGUGGGGCUCAUGAAGCCCUGGUCUAUUAUCAGUAUAGAGUUCUCAAAUUGUUCUCUUCCCACAAAGCAUUGGUCCGCUUACCUCAUCUGGAUAGUGCUGCUACUUUACCUACUUCAAAUUUCCAGGCACAGUGCAUUAUCACUUUGCCUACGUGCCAUUCAGCUGUGGGAGAGAGGUGCUCCAUUUUGAUUGGUUGUUGUUCUGACUGCAGCUAUUGCACAGAUCCACUGAGUUCUGUAAUUGUAUGCAUCAGUCUAAUUAUUGUGGCCUGCGAGCCCAUCCGGCUAGUAUAGGCAUCAACGGGUCUGCACAGCACCUUUGUCAAAAAGAGCGGUUGGUGAAAACUUGGCCUUUUUAUGUUGUCUUUAAAAGUGAAAUGAAAUUUGUAUGAAGUUACAUGCUUUUAUUUUUUUGGGUAAUUUUUCUUUAUUUUAUAUUUUUUAAUUUCCAUGUCCUACUUUUUGCACAGACCAUUAUCAAAAUGCUGGACUUUUAUUUUCUCUUUUUAUGUAUAUAUAGAUUUUUUUAAUUGCUUUUAGAAAUUCUGUGAAAGUAUAGAUUUCCCUCUUCCCUAACUUCCAAAAGGUCAUACCUGUAUUACAAAUGCACAUAUCCUGUUCAUUGUUGCUGGUUUGCCUUUCAAGGCUUUAUUGAGAUUAUGUCAAUUUUACAACAAACUGCUCUUGUGUAUGAAAUGACAAAAGUUGAAUAUUGUUGAAUAUUCUACCACUAAAUGCUAAAUGUUCAGUGCUGCUGAUAUGGUAUUUUUUGAUGGUGUCUUGAGCCCUGUGUUUCAGAUCGUAAGCACCAUUUGCAAGGAACUGAACCGGAGUAAUGGGCUAUGUCCGAAAUGGGUCACUGUUCACUAACUACUAGUAAACUAGAUUGGCCGUUCUAAAAUCAAAUUUGACUCACAUUUUGUGGGCACUAGAAAUAUCCCACAAUGCACCGUAGAAUCUAGUGAACCGUGGUUAAUAGAAAGGUGGAUACAAACCUGCUUUGCAACCAUUAUUUUCCCUAACUUUAUUACACACACCUGUUUUCAUUCUCAUUUUAAGCUGUGAGAGACACGGUCCGGGAGCAAUGCACUGUUUGUUAAAACGCUAUAAUGUCUUAUAGUUGACGUUAUUUGUAAUUAACAAGUUGGUUACAUCUAGUCUAUCGACUAAACGUGCCAACAGUGUUCUUCUAAACUUGUGUUCUGGUCAAUUUUAAGAUAUAAAUGUGUAGGGGGGGGGGUUCUUAUGUUCCACACAUAAAAUAAGCCAAGGCCAUGUAAUUUCAUGUUUCAAAAAAAUACAGUUUUCGAUAAAAAUGUUCAUUACAAAUUCCGUACAGGUUAAGUGAGCUGCAUCUUGACUGGGCAUUGCAAGAGAAAAAUUAGGUUUAAUAUCUGUGGAGUAAUGUACCAGCUGUACGAUAUGUUUGUUAAUGGUUUUUUGGCUAUAUGCAGCAGCGUGUAGCCUUCGUGAUAACGCUGUUCAAUUGCAAAAGACGACGUCUGCUGUCCAAAUACACUGUUUAUUUAGUAAACUAUAUAGCGCACUAGUUGAUUGGUGACUAGUUGAUUAUUAGUGAAUAGAAUUCAGACACAGCCAUGGUAAAGCUAUUUGCCAUUAGUUUCCCCUUUCUCCAUUUGACAGAUGGAAACUGUUCCGCUCAAACUGCAUUCCGUCCUCUAUGACCUCACAGUAUAGCAAAGUUGGUUGUAUUGAUCACAAGCAGGUGUUACCAGGACAAGUUAAAGGAGAACACUCUAUGAGUAGUGACAAUUUUCAGUGAAGCGUUUGAGCUUUGUCAUGCUCCUCUGAAGUAACUGCAAAUUACCAGUAGAGGGUGCUAUUUGGUGUAUUUUAGUAAUGUACAACAUUGCUUAUGUUCUUUAUCCUUUGAAAAUCUUUCAACUUGGAGAAAGGCCACAUCUUUUUUUUCUUUCUUUUUUUCCCUGUGAAUUGGAUUUAUAGUUCUGUUCACAAACAUCUAGUUGUGUUUUUACAUACUGCCCUAAUCAAUGAAUGAUGGCACAUAUGAAGGUAUUCGAAGCCUGACUUAUAUACAACUAAUUUACACCCGAGAAACAAGAUCAACUGUAAUGUUAAUCAACUGCAUUUAUUGAUCAGUUAAAUACUGAGUAAACGGUGAAAAGCAGCAAGUUAUUUUACUUUUUGAGAUAAGAACAAAUAUUGGAUUGAUUAAAGUGUAUUAUAACAGCCAAAUAAUUGUCAACUUUUGUUCUCUCUGCGUUUCCCCCAUCAGCAGCCAUUUUUGUUCGCCGUGCACUACCUUCAAACUGUUAGCUAACAUCCGGUUUCAUUGCGAGACUCCUUGGUUCCUUUGCAGCAAUGUAGAUGAGGAAACUUCCUGAUUCUACCUAUGGUGGUCUUCCAAGGAGGCCAACGCCAAUGACAUUGGUAGGGUGAUCGGACGCCGGUUUGCAUGACGAAACCAAUCUAAGUGCUUGGUUCUAGCUCUGAUGGCUUUUAUAAUCCGCAGACUUGGACAAGGUGAUUCAACAUCAGUUUGGUUUCCUCUGAUGGCUUGCCCAACUAGUUUAGAACUGAUAGGACAGGCAUUGCGUUUAUAGAUGCUAUUUAUACAGGAGUGUAAGAAGUACUUUGCAUGUGUGAUCUAUACUCCAUUGCCAUGCAGCAGCAUGGCCAGAUGCAUUAGUGAAAUUGUCUUGAAUUGGCUUGAACAAAACACAGUGUACACACUGGAGUUCUAAAGAUGGGUGUGUACUGUGCUGCAUACUGGUCAAUCUUUGGUGUGAGUCCAUUCUACCUUUGCCUCAAGUCACUCAGUCAUGGCCAGUGUGUAUGAAAAUUGUGCAAUUGUGACUUUGUUGCAUGUGUACUGCGCACCAUGUGUGUGACUUGAAUAAAUCAACAUAGAAUUCUGUUGUAAAAAGGAAAGUGUUGAUUGGUUCAGUCCAUAGUAAAAAGUAAAAAAUGACAGAUGAAUUAAAUGUGUGUGCUCCAGUGUCAUACUAUGGUCUGAGAGGUUUCUGUGCUGACUGGUCCGAUAAUAGCGGUGUAAAACAUGAAAAUGAUUCUAUGAAGGGUUUCUUGGGUAAGUUGUGGAUUCUGUGUAUGAACUCUGUACCUCAAGAACCUGGUUGUGUAUUUGCACUCGUGCCAAAAAACAGUGUUGCAUUUUUGUGAAUGCAGUGUGCUGCUACAAGGACUAUUAUGACUGCAGCCUUGAGACGGUAUAAACUCCAUUCACCAAACACAUUUUUCUGUGCUGCAUGUUAAUUUUGGUCUUUAAGUGUUGAAGGCAGUUCUUUUAAUUCCAAUGUUGUGCAUCCAUUUCCCAUCAGCCCCUUGUCCCAUUUUGCUUUAAUCAGUGAAUUUACCAUUGUAAAUCUGUGCCUGUGUUUUCCACAUUACAAAAGAAAUGUACCAUUAUUGCAAUGCAUGUACAGUAAAUUAAAUAUUUGUCUAAGAA